AUGUACAAUCCCUUGCAGCAACAUCAGUCAUAUUACCCUUCCAACCCCGACGAAUAUGCCAAUGGAUAUUAUGGUCAAAGCAGCCAGCAACAGUGCAAUGAUGCAGAUUCAUUACGUGGCGGUAGUACAAUGACAAUUCCUGAACCAGAAACAAUGAACACGCUACCAGAACAACAACAACAACAAGAGCCCUUCCAUCCGCCGAAAAUACUGUUAAAGCACAUGUCAUUGGCCUUGCGAGUCACCUGCGAAUGGAAUCGUCGAUUACUAGCUGGCGUGAACCGAAGCUUCAAGCUCUUUAACCUGAAGAAUAGGAUACGCAACGAUGCACCAAAUGAACCUCAACAACAACAACCACCAUCACCAGCAGAAGAGCAGCUAGUAUCAAACCCAAAUCAAUACUACGAUCAACAAGAAUUACAGGCUCAACCAUAUGGAAGCCGUCCGGUCAAUAUUCAUCCCGAUAGAACCUGGAAUCCACCAAUUCGGGAAGGGGGUCCCGAUCUGGAACAGGAAAGUCUGACUAUUUUUCAUGCCCUGACACCAGCCACACGGAAUGAGGAAACUGCAUCCGAUGACGAUUCGGUCGAAGAUUCCACCAAUACAUCGGGAGGAGAAGAAUCAUCAUCACCAACCGAUACUACUUCAGCAUCAUCCAAUCAAGUAGUAGCGAAACCUCGAGGCGUUGCUCAUUGGGGACCUGAAUUGUUGCCUUACCUGGAAGAAGUUACGGAACUCUUGCAGAUUGACAACAAUGGUUUGGAAAUUGCCUUGGCCAUGAUUUAUUUGGAUCGGGCCUGUUCGGUUAAUACCAUUCGGAGCAACGGAUGUCCACCCUGUCCCUUUUGUUUGCCACGCACUGUCCAUCGAUUAAGUUUGGUGGCUCUAGUGUUGGCGAAACAAGCUGUGAAUGGAAACAAUGGUGGAAAGACGGUGCAAGAGUACUUGGAAGAUUUGAAACCCUUGGGUAUGCCGUUGGAUCAAUUGGAGCUAAUGGCAAAUUGGAUGAUCAAUGCCUUGGGAGACAAUGGUUCCUUUGUAACAGUCGGUCAAAUGAAACUCUGGAGUGAGAAUUGGGAAUCUGCAUUUUUUCCAAAGCGCCAUCGAGCUCUGCAAGAACAACGGCAAAAGGAAGCCCAACAACGUCUACUUCAAUUGGAACAGCAGCGAUUGAUGGAAGAACAAAGACAGCAAAUACAACAAAAGCAGCAGCAACAACGAUACCAACAAAGUUACGACCAACAGCAAGAAGCGUACAACCAAGGGUACCAGCAACCACAACAGGACUACUAA